AGUUGUUUUUUUGGAAUAACAAAAGAAAUAGACAUUAAAAAAUAAUAAUAGGUGGGGCUCUACUUAAUAUGAAUGCGGAUCAAAAGUGUCGCGUUUUAUUAAUAUCAUGGGUGUGUAUGAUAAUAGUCGACCAAAUUAACGGUCUUAUAGAGGUAACGGGUAAGAAAAAGCAUUUGGUUCAAUAUUAUUAUCCUAAAAGAGCCAACACACAAACAAAAUCGAUGCUGUUUGACGAAAAUAUAGACAUUAUAAGGAAGGUUUUGGAGCGACCCAAGCUAACAUUUCAAGCUGACAUUGAAAUUGCCAUCUAUACUCUGGUGCACAGUGAAAUACCAAAGAUAAAAUUCAUCAAGGGUAAGUCCUUUGUGACCUUGAUGAAGUUCCUGGACGUUCUGGUGAACUUGAGCCCUAUGAAAAUUGACAGAAAUGCUUGGUCCAAAAAGUUAAAGCGCAUCAUGGACACCUCCAUGGGUAUGAUGUUCGGCGUGAUGUUCCGGGACUUGAUCUACAGUCAGGAGGUGUCGCUUGGGAAAUUGAUAAGCGCCGAUGACUUUGUGGAAUGCCGCAGAUCGGCGGCCUAUCCCCGGGGCUUCAGCUGUGCCCUUUGGCAUUUGUUCCACUACCUGACUGUACAGGCGAGCUUGUCAAAGCCGCAUAAAUACAAACCGGGCAUCGUGUUGAAUAUUAUUGCAUCGUUUAUCAGGUACUUCUUUCCCAGCUGCCCCGAAUGUUCCAGGACUUUCCAGCAAAUAGCCGAGGACCGUAAAAUCCACGAGGUGCGGGACUACGACGACGAGAUCCUGUGGCUGUGGGAAGCCCACAAUGAAAUCAACAGGCAUCUGGCGGGCGGCAAGCUGGAGGAUCCGCUUUUCCCGAAAAAGCCAUUCCCCACUGAGAAGGGCUGUCCAGACUGCAAGACCAACGGCGUUUGGGACCGGAAAAGAGUGCUGGCCUAUUUGAAGGACAUCUACUCUACGGAAAAACUGAGUAAAUUAAAUUUGGUCCCUAAAAAUAAUGUGACUGAACCCAAAGUGGAUCCCAAGAAACCGAUGGGGAAGGACGAAACAGAUACUGGCAAUUCUACAAUCACCAAGGAGGUAUCGAAUGGUAAAAGGAGCAGAGGGAGGCAUUCCCAUAGAAGGAGCAGAGGGAAACGAAGUGCAGAUUGUGCUUUUGGAAACAGCCGACUCUAUAGCCCAUUGGACAACGUUGAAGUGUUAACCAACGACACUCAAAAAGCGAUCCUCGGCGCGCCGGACUUUGCCAAAUUGGUGCAAUUUAUGAAUAUUUUUUGCGAAGAUUGUCGCCGAUAUGCGCCUACCUUCAAGAAGCUCGCCCGUCAAAUGGCGAAAUGGAAGCCCAUUUUGCACAUCUAUGUGGUGGACUGUGCUCAAGAGGAGAGUCAAGAAAUGUGUCGGGAUUAUGAUAUGGAAACACCCACAAUUCGGUUUUAUCCCCCGAAUUUUUCGAUGGAGCGAGAUGGACUCGGUAUUAAUAUGACUCAGACAAAGCCAAAUAAAUUGAUUGAGGAGGUGCGAGGACACUUGGUUAAGCAGAACUACUCCGGCGGUAGGGUGAAUUUUAAUCCCGUUGGGCCAAAUGAGAGCUUGACAGAAAUCUUCAAAUCCUCGGGAAACAAUACCUACGACAAUGUUGCCUUGGUUUCUCAAAAGAAGGACUCGUUGGUCGGCAAGCAAACUGCUAUUGACCUGCUCCCAUUUCCGAACAUAGGGGUUCGAAUGGUGGAGGUUCCUAAGGUGAUGGCGAACUUUAAAGUGGAUCCUAUAAAAGUUAAAAUGGUGGUUUUGGACCAACUAGGAACUCCACAAAUAGUUUCCUUGAAAGGCAAUAGUGAUGACUAUGUUAAGCAAAUUUCUAAUUUCCUCGAAUUUGGCGGUCACACACCUUUGCCCACUCUACCCACCACGGUGGCCCCUAGUGAGAAUGAAAAUUUUGUGAAUCAGGCCAUUUCAGAACGUAUAAUUUCGGGUCCUCUGAAGAUCUACAGAGCCGACCUGGAACAGGCCAUCGAUAAACUCCUGCACAUCGAACUACCUAAGAUGCCGGUCAUCGAAGGGGACAAGCUCCAUAGCCUGAUAAACAUAACCAACCUAUUGAGCAGCUUUAAUCCCUUGAACCAAAAUGGCAGAAAACUCUUAGAAAAGCUGAAUAGAUAUCUGAAAGAAGUCACUAAAAUCUCAGGCGAUGAAUUGACCCAGAAAAUUAAUCUUAUCGAGUCGCAAGGUGGGAAGAUCUUUAAUGCACAACGUUAUGUAGGUUGCCUUAAGCCAACCUUAAGUGCUUUCAAUUGCUCUCUGUGGACAAUUUUCCAUCAUCUGACGGUGGAGGCUGCCAAAAAUCCAAAGAAGUUCCGGCCUGGCUCCGUUCUCUGGACCCUACUCGGAUUCGUCAAGCACUUCUUUGGCUGCGCGGAGUGUGCGAGACACUUCGAGGAAAUGGCCAAGAGGAGGCACAUGGAAUCGGUCAAAACCCACUCAGAUGAGAUCCUCUGGCUCUGGGCAGCCCAUAACGAAGUCAAUAAACGGCUGGCUGAUGAUCUAUCUGAAGACCCCAGGUUCCCCAAGAUUCAGUUUCCCUCAAGCAAAGAUUGCCCAUCCUGUCGAAAUCAGAAGAACGACUUUAUAGAGUCAGAGGUCCUGAAGUUUUUAAAAGGUAUCUAUGACAUAAGUCAUGUUAGCUCUUAUGGAUUGCCCUCAACUAAUGGCUAUGUACAAAAAAAAAUGUAUGUUUCAAAUGCCAAUAAAAACUUAAACGAUGUUAUAAUUGAGCUUAGAGGUAAACCCAAAAAACGUAAAGAUAAUAUAUAAAAGAUAUUUCUAUGUCUCUGGCAAUAUGAGCCAUUUCAUGAUAUAAAGUCUUGUAAAGAUGUGUCUUUA